AUGCCAAUCGACGCAAAAAAAGCAUGGGCAGAGUUGAGUCGGCUGAAAUUGUUAAGCCCGUCUGGUAAUUCACCUGGAAUAUUUAUUGUUGAUGAAUCUCCAUUUCAAGAAGAAGGAGCAGCCGCUACCGCAAAAUCCGGGCAUGAUUUCAUCGCCGGACGAAUAUUUCCAAAUUCUGACAUCUACAAAGAAGGCGCCUAUCGACUUGAAAUGACAUUUGCGCCUGGGUAUCCAUUCAAGCCACCGAAUGUGCGUUUUACUACACCUAUCUACCAUCCGAAUGUUGAUAAAGAUGCGGCAUUUUGUGACAACAGUUAUGGGAUACCAUCGGGAAUUGCAUUUGGUUGUGCUUGCUUUGCCAAAUCAUCCCUAAUUUGGAUUCCAACAAUUUAUACUAGUACAUCAACACAAUUUCAAUGGAGUUUUGUCAAGGUCAGUGCAUUAGAUAGUCCAGAACCAAUCAAUCGUAUGGACCCAACAUAUACAAUAACCAAAAUGGACUAA